AUGGCCGCAGCGGUGCUCGCGUCGAGCAGCCGGCCGCCGUACGGCACCAGCAAUGGCGUCGCGGGCGGCAGCAGCAGCAGUGCAGGCGGCAGCGGCAGCAGCAGCAGCAGCAGCAGCAGCAGCAGCAGCAGGCCAUUGCGGCAGCGCACCACGCCGCGGAGACCGCCGGCGCACGCCGCAGCAGCAGACGCGGCGCCGGCGCAGGCCGACUUCGUCGAGCAUCUGCUGCGUCUCACUGCCGCGCUCGUCGAGGCACGGCCCGCAGAGGUGCCGCGCAAGAGCAACGGCAUUGCAGAGGAGCUCGGCGCGCUCAGCAUACGCCCCAGCGCCGCUGCUGCGGCGCUCGACGACGACACAGCAGGCGCAGCAGCUGCCGCAGAGCUCUUCCCGCUCGCCCUGCCGCUGCCGCGCUUUGCGGCUGCGACGGCAGACGACGAAGAGCGCACACAUGCCGUCGAGGCACACCUCGCCACGCUUGUGGCACGGCUGUGGGCCGCCGAGGAUGAGCUGGCGACGCGCGAUGCUGCCGCCGCCGCCGCCGCUGCAACAGCUGCUUCGAGCUCGCACAGCAAACCGCGCGCCUCGUCCGACGUCGACUCGCCCUCCGAGAGUCCCGCCGGCGGCGCGCCUUACUCGCUGCCCAACUUUCCCUACCCGCUCUCUCACGCACAUCCGCAGAGCAGCACGUAUCCGCUCUCCUAUCCCCUCGGCAUGUCGCGGCAUGGGCCCGUGCUGCUCACGCCCUCGCCCUCCAACGCCUCGGCCGCGCCGGCGCCGCGCGACGGCGAGAGUGCGGGCGAGGACGAGGCAAAGGGCGCACUGGGCGCGUUUGAGCGAUACAUCGACAACGACGAGAGCGGCCUGAGUGCCCAGGAGGAGCUGCGUCUCCUCAAGGCGCAGGUGCAGGACAUUGCCAGGGUGUGCAAGCAGGCCGCUGGGCACCUCUGGCGUUGGCUGCGUUGCUACGGCACUGUCGGCAUCGGCAGGCCGGGAAGCGUGCCAGGCCGGCGCGCUGUCAUGCGCUCCUCUCGCUGCGACUGCGCGGCCGCCGCUGCCUGGCGCGCGCGCGCAAAAGCUUCCGACACGCCAGCAUGCUCACCGUCUCCCUCUCCACAGGCCGUGGCGUUCGGCGACCUCUCGCAGCACAUCACCGUGCCCGUGCAGGGCCAUGUCAUGGUGGAGCUCAAGGACAUCAUCAACCAGAUGGUCGACCGUCUCUCGACGUUCGCGGCCGAAGUGACGCGCGUCUCGCUCGAGGUGGGCACGCAGGGCAAGCUGGGCGGCCAGGUCGAGGUGGAGGGCGUCGAGGGCCGAUGGAAGGAACUCAAGGACGUCGUCAACCGACUCGCCGAGAAUCUCACGACGCAAGUGCGAGGCGUCGCACACGUCACCAAGGUGAGCGCGCGCGCACGUCACGGGCGCGCGUACGGAGCGAAGAUGGCUGAUCUCUCCAGCGUGCAGGCUGUGGCGCGCGGCGAUCUGAGCAAGCAGAUCGAGGUGCCGGCCGACGGCGAGAUUCUCGAGCUCAAAGUCACCAUCAACGUCAUGGUGGACCAGCUGCGGCACUUUGCCAACGAGGUCACGCGCGUCUCGCGCGAGGUCGGCAGCCGCGGCCAGCUGGGUGGACAGGCGCACGUGCCGGGAGUGCAGGGUGUCUGGAAGGAGCUGACGGUCAAUGUGAACCGCAUGUGUUCGAACCUCACGGAGCAAGUGCGCUCCAUCGGCGUCGUCACGACGGCCGUCGCCAAGGGAGACCUGACAAAGACGAUCGACAUCGACGCCGAGGGCGAGAUGGCGCAGCUCAAGGACACGGUCAACUCGAUGGUCGGGCAGCUGCGCGUCUUUGCGAGCGAAGUCGUGCGCAUGUCGAUGGAAGUGGGCACGUACGGCAAGCUCGGCGGGCAGGCGCACGUGCCAAACGUCGAGGGCACAUGGAAGGACCUGACGGAGAACGUCAACAAGAUGGCCGACAAUUUGACGUCGCAGGUCCGCGAGAUUGCGCGCGUGACCAAGUGCGUCGCCGAGGGCGUGCUCACCGAGUUCAUCACCGUCGACGUCAAGGGCGAGAUUCUCGAUCUCAAGAUGACGGUCAACAACAUGGUGCGGCAGCUCAAGACGCUCUCCGACGAGAUUAUUCGCGUGUCGGUGGAGGUGGGCACCGAGGGCCGCCUUGGCGGCCAGGCCAACGUCGACGACGUCAAGGGCCAGUGGCAGGUCCUGACGGAGCGCGUCAACAUGAUGGCGAGCAACCUGACGACGCAGGUGCGCUCCAUCGCCACGGUCACGACGGCAGUGGCGCGCGGCGACCUCAGCAAGACGAUCAACGUCGAGGUCCGCGGCGAGUUCCUCGACCUCAAGCUCACGGUGAACAACAUGGUCGAGUCGCUGCGCACCUUCUCGACCGAGGUCACGCGCGUCGCCAAGGAGGUCGGCACCGAGGGCAAGCUCGGCGGCCGUGCGACGGUGCUGGGCGUCGGCGGCACGUGGAAGGACCUCACCGACUCGGUCAACACCAUGGCAGCGAACCUGACGCUGCAGGUGCGGACCAUUGCGCACGCCACGACUGCCGUGGCGCGCGGCGACCUGACGCAGAAGGUGACAAUCUCCGUGUCGGGCGAGAUCCUCGACCUCGUCAACACGAUCAACAACAUGAUUGACCAGCUGUCCUUCUUCGCGUCCGAGGUCACGCGCGUGGCGCGCGAGGUGGGCACCGAGGGCAAGCUCGGCGUGCAGGCGCAGAAGAAGGACAUCAAGGGCAAGUGGGGCGAGAUCACCGACAACGUCAACAUCAUGGCGAACAACCUGACGUCGCAGGUGCGCGCGUUUGCGCAGAUCACCGCGGCGGCAACCGACGGCGACUUUACGCGCUUCGUCACCGUCGAGGCGUCGGGCGAGAUGGACUCGCUCAAGACGAAGAUCAACCAGAUGGUGUACAGUCUGCGCGACUCGAUCCAGAAGAACACGGCCGCACGCGAGGCGGCCGAGCUGGCGAACCGCAGCAAGAGCGAGUUCCUCGCCAACAUGUCGCACGAGAUCCGCACGCCGAUGAACGGCAUCAUCGGCAUGACGGCGCUGACGCUCGAGACGGAGCUGUCGCGCAGCCAGCGCGAGAAUCUGGUGACGGUGUCGACGCUGGCCGGCAACCUGCUCGCCAUCAUCGACGACAUUCUCGACAUCAGCAAGAUCGAGGCCGGCCGCAUGAACGUCGAGGAGAUUCCCUUUUCGCUGCGCGGCAUCGUGUUCAGCGUGCUCAAGACGCUCUCGGUGCGCGCCACGCAGAAGAAGCUCAACCUCAUGUACGAGGUGGCGCCCGACUGUCCCGACCCGCUCAUCGGCGACGCGCUGCGCCUCAAGCAGAUCAUCACGAACCUCAUUGGCAAUGCCGUCAAGUUCACCGAGGCCGGCGGGCGCGUGGCGCUCAAGUGCACGCUCGCCAAGAUGGUCUCGCCCAAGCAGGCGCUGCUCGAGUUCUGCGCCAGCGACUCGGGCAUCGGCAUCAAGCAGGACAAGCUCGACGUCAUCUUCGACACGUUCUGCCAGGCCGACGGCUCGACGACGCGCAAGUACGGCGGCACGGGCCUCGGCCUGAGCAUCUCGCGCCGCCUCGUCAACCUCAUGGGCGGCGACCUCUGGGUGCGCAGCAACUACGGCCGCGGCAGCGACUUCUUCUUUACCAUGCUCGUCGAGCUCGACACGGUCGAUGCCGAGCACGUGCACGAAAAGAUGCGCCCGUACGUCGGGCGCAACAUCUUCUUCCUCGACACGCUGCACGACCAGUCGGGCGUGCAGCGCAUGCUCGAGGAGCUCGGCCUCAAGGUGUUUGCGGCGCACAGCGUCGAGGAGGCGGCGCAGCGCAAGCGCGGCAUGCCGCGCAUCGACGCCAUCAUUGCCGACUCGCUCAGCGUCAUCGAGGACCUGCGCACCGUCGAGCACCUGCGCUACAUUCCCAUCAAUCUCGUCUCGCCCUCGACGCUCACCCUCAACCUCACCUACUGCCUCGACCACGGCAUUUCGUCGUACACCAACACGCCCAUCACGCUCGCCGACCUCUUCUUCACGCUGCUGCCGUCGCUCGAGAGCAGCGCCGCGGCGCCGAGCGAGGGCAACAACGAGGUCACGUACGACAUCCUGCUCGCCGAGGACAACGUCGUCAACCAGAAGCUGGCGUGCAAGAUCCUGCAGAACCAGGGCCACAAGGUGGAUGUCGUCGACAACGGCCAGCUCGCCGUCAUGGCCGUCAAGAAGCGCAGCUACGACGUGAUCCUCAUGGAUGUCAGCAUGCCCGUCAUGGGCGGCAUCGAGGCGACGAUUGCGAUCCGCGAGUUUGAGGCGACGCUCGGCGAGGAGCGUGUGCCCAUCGUGGCCCUCACGGCGCACGCGAUGCUCGGCGACAAGGAAAAGUGUCUGCAGGCAGGCAUGAGCGCCUACGUCUCCAAGCCGAUCCGGCGCGUUGAGCUCAUCGCCACGCUGCACUCGCUGCUGUCCAAGAAGAAGGGCCUCGCUCGGCCAUGA